UGUCUGGUCACAGAGAGGUUAUGAACAUACGUAACGGUCAAGUCCGCCAUUUUUAUGUCAAAAUUACACUUCCUCCCUGAAACAUGUAUUCCUGCCAUAAAAACUCCUAUUUGCAAGGCAACUAUCCGGAAAUCAAGGCGGGACUUAUCAACCGUUGUGUACAUAAAGCAUGGGGUGAAAUUUCGCAUAUAGACGAGCACGACCUGAAUCCGCCCCUAAAGCGACUCACCUCCGAACAACCGCAACUCCUGGUUAACAACGUUGACGUCACCAGAAGACCGGAAGGGUUCGGGAGAUGGGCUCUGCCGAAACUCAGAAGAGAGUUACAUCAUAAAGACAUUAAUGUCGUCAUAGCAGCAUUGACCAGCAUAUCAGAUAUGGUACAUAAUCCCGAGAGAUGCUUCGAAGGAAUAAGGCUUAAAGUUAUCGACAGAUUGGCGGACCUUCUGGUGCACGAAAUGCCCGCCAUAAGAGAGAGAACCGCAUAUACUUUAAAAGUGUUCGCUGGAGUGGCACUCGGGAGGCAAGCGAUCGUCGACAACCAAACACUCCUCAUAAACUUACUGGAUAAAGUGGAGGAUGACGUAGCGGAAGUGAGAAUCCAGGUGGCAGCCUGCUUGGAGAUGAUCUCCAGGUUCUGGUUAACUGCUGACGUACUGGUGGACUCGGGCUUCAUCCAAGUCCUCCUAACGAACCUGAACGACUCGCCUGAAAUUGUGGCAACUCACUUGGACACCUUGGACAACAUGCUCUACUGCAACGGCAGGAAAAUCGCCAUAGACGAAGACGCUUUUGGGAUACUCGUUAAACUGUUUGAGACCACCGAUACAGCAGUCUUAACUAGAGCCUGCAGAGUUUUAGUGAGACUAUGCGAGCUCAAAGAGGGAAGGAAACUGGCAAGACACUUUCAAAUAUUACAGGUGCUCAAUAAGUUACUGCAUAACGAAAUAGAAGAAGUGUACGAAGCUGCGGCAGAGGCCAUAAUGUUCUGCACGAUCAAGAGUGCCGAGAAGAUUUCUGCUAGUAAAUUAACCGAUAUGCCCAAGAGGCUUGUGGAGCUUUCCAUCAAUAGGACAACGCGCAGGACCCAGUUGUUUACUAUAAAGGCCUUAACGUCGAUUUGUGAGCACCCCCUGGUGAGGCAAGAAGUGAGAGAAAAGUAUUAUAAUGCCGUUAAGUCGAUACAAGUGAGAGACGACAUACCUGAGAUCAAGGACUGCAAGAAUAUCUUGAUGACUCUGCUGGCCUGGGUGCCGCAAAGCAAGGAUUAAGAAUACGUUCAAAAUUAUAAGAAUUCUUUGUAAUAUAUCUCAGUAAUUUCGGA